AAAACAUUUAAUGAAAUAUAAUAAUGUAGGUUAUUCUUUAUUUAUGACACCGUUUUUAGUAUUUUCAUCCAACUUCUAAAAAGAAGGUUCUCAGGUCAUUUUGGUAUAUAUAUCUUUCCUUUAUUACAUAAAAAAAGACAAAGUCAUAUUCGUAUAAUUAUUGGUAUAUCUUAUCACAUAUAUAAUAACAAUAUUAUGAUGCUGCAUGUCAUGACAAGAUCUUUUAAUAAGAAUCAUGGAACAUUUAGAGAUAAUUGUUAUCAUUUUUAGUGUUAUAACCGAGUAAUAAUUAUAAAAAUACGUUCACAAGUACAUCAGUAAUUAAAUAUAAUUCAGUGGGCGCGCACAUAUCUACAAUGGGCAGGAAAGUGUACGUGGUAGGAGUUGGUGUUACAAAGUUUGCCAAGCCGGGCACCAUCGGAGACUAUCCGGAAUUUGGCAAGCAAGCGGUGGUAGAGGCGCUGCGAGACGCCGGCGUGGAGUACGAGGCGGUGCAGCAGGCGGUGUGUGCGUACGUCGCCGGCGACUCCACCAGCGGCCAGCGGGUCCUCUACCAGGUCGGAAUGACGGGCGUGCCCAUCUACAACAUCAACAACAGCGGAGCUACCGGUGGCAGCGCUCUCUUCCUCGCCAAACAGCUCGUGGAGGGAGGUAUCAUUGAUGUAGCACUAGUUCUGGGCUUUGAGAAAAUGAAUCCUGGAGCACUGAAAGUCUCUGUCUUUGAUGAUAGAGCUUCCUCUUUUGAUAUACACAUGGAAAAAAUUAUAGAUUUAGUAAAGAAUAAAGUACCUCGUGUACCAAUGGCGGCGCUUAUUUUUGGUAAUUCUGGAAUAGAACACAUGAAAAAAUAUGGAACUACCGAAGUACAUUUUGCCAAAAUAGCGGCCAAAAAUCAUAGUCAUGCAUUGAAAAACCCGAAAGCUUUUAAUACAAAAGCGUAUACAGUUAAAGACAUACUGAAUUCUAAAAAAAUUCAUGGGCCACUUACAAAACUGCAGUGUUGUCCUACGAACGACGGCGCAUCAGCAGCCGUCCUCAUGUCGGAGGCUGCGGUGGUACGUUACGGGCUCCAACACAAAGCGGUUGAAAUCGUUGGCAUAGAGAUGGCGACGGAUACACCAAACGUAUUUCAAGAGCCGAGUUUUAUGAGAAUAGCCGGUUCGGAUAUGACUCGUCUAGCGGCGAGGCGGCUCUACACAAAGACCGGAAUUAGUCCAAAGCAGAUAGACGUGGUCGAACUCCACGACUGCUUCUCUUGUAACGAGCUCGUCACCUACGAGGACCUGCAGCUGUGCGGGCAGGGCGAAGGCGGUAAAUUCGUGGAUGCUGGCGCGAACACUUACGGCGGACAAGUGGUUGUGAACCCGAGCGGGGGUCUGAUCGGUAAAGGACACCCGCUGGCCGCCACCGGCGUGGCGCAGUGCGCCGAGCUGUGUUGGCAGCUGCGCGGGGAAGCCGGCGCCAGACAAGUGCCGAAUGCGCGUCUCGGUCUGCAGCACAACCUGGGACUGGGCGGCGCUGCUGUCGUGGCACUGUACCGUAGGGGGUUCACCGACCACACUUCACACUCCAAACUUUAAAACAUCAA